UCGAGCGCAAAAUGCUUAAGAUAUCCAAAGGUUGAUUUGUCUAUUUGACUGCACUGAUGGCGAAAUCGGUAAUGAUAUAACCCCCGGAGAAAUGAGCUAAUUGCCAUUAAAACAGGGCACUUUAUGGCCAAGUGCUUCUAAAAAUUUGCUUAAGGCGAAAACGCCCUCAAAAGCUAUAGAACAAUAUUUUAAUAUUCACAAGAAAACGAAUGCUUGAGCAAAAAACAAGUUUGCAAUCGCUGAGUGAUAGUGCGUAAUCUGAUUUUAUGAUCUAAUUUAUAGCUUAGGUGUACAACACAGCCGCGCAAAUAUGAUACUUAUGCGAUUUCAUGAUAGGAAAACUAAUUAAACAAAGUACAGAUGGCCACUUGAGAUAGUCAGAGGUGAUUCAAUGUUUGUUUAUUUGAUUAUUUAAAUGUGUUUAUGCCUUCUGGUGUUCUGAGAACAAAUCACUUAGCAUGGUUAUCACCAUCUAGGGUCUAGACUGUCGGCCAUAAAGAGAUGACAAUCGGAACCAACUACCUGUAGGCACUUCUCAACCUAUCAGAUACCGGCCAGACCCAACGUAGCCCAAGUGGCAUACUUUUGGAACGGCAGUACAACACCAUAUCAGCUGACACAACUGGUGCCAUAAACCACAUAGCUAUCCGCUCAGAGAGUCGUUCCGAAGUCGUGGAGAAUCGAGAGAACGUGCUUAUCGCCCGGGUAUUAUGCCAAAUGUCUGAAAUUAUUUCCCAACAGAGCGCAGAAACAAGAGCAAAACAAAGCCCCAUUGCUAAUAUUCAUUGAGAGGAACAAUAAAACUUUAUUAGCCCAAAAUCGCACCGGGCGGUGGAGCGUUUCGGAAAACAAAAAUAAUAAAUUAAUGCAAACAAAACAAACAAACGCCUAAAGACCUGUUCCACUCGUGUAGGGUUGUUUUCGAAGGCUGUGUUCUGGUUUCGUAUUAAAAUGCCCCACCAAGCCAGUUAUGAGCUCAGUCAGUCGGUCUUCUUCUGCCAAGAUGCUAAACUACCUAAACUAUAUUUCGAUCGCACUGGUCGGUCUUGCGAUUUGUGUUUCAACCAAACCGGAGGAAGUUGCAGUUGACAGUUUGGAUUGCCUGGAAAAUACCUGCACAAAAUUGGAUUACCCUGAUUCCUCAGAAGUUGCCUUCCUUACAGAAGAGGCGACCAGAGAAUUGAGGGCCUACGAAACUCUCAUACUGCACAGUUCCAAGCUGGCCAACCUGCCCAGAAAAAUCUUUCUGAAUCUCCCUCAACUUGUGGAACUCGAUGUAUUGGAGUGCGAGCUUCAGCAAAUUGAAAGAAAUUGCUUUGAGGGCUCCCGAAAUCUAAGAAGAUUGAACUUGGGAGGAAAUCUCCUUAGAGUUUUGGAUAGUAAAACCUUCGAACUGGCCACACAGUUGGAGGAGCUCGGCUUGUCCGACAAUCAACUGGAGGAUCUUCCCAGUGAUGUUUUCCUGCCCCUCAAUAAACUUCAGAAAAUCAACUUAUCCAACAACAAGCUAAAGACCAUUUCUCAGUACUCCUUCUCAAAAUUGGGGUCCUUAAAGUCCAUUAAUCUGGAUAGCAAUCAGCUAAGAGAAGUGCCUGGAGAUCUUUUCAAGGAUCAACAGAAACAUUUGACGCAAUUCUCAGCCAGGAGUAAUCAACUAGAGCGGAUUCCUUCAAACAUAUUUUCCGAAGUAGAACUUCUUCUACUAUCGUUUAAUCCUAAGCUCAAAAGCCUCCAUCUAACAGCCAAUAUUGAUGAGCUGCAGGCCACCAAUUGUGGUCUCGAGUCGGUCAAGUUGGACGGACGAGUGGUAGGUGUCCAACUGGAGGAUAACCUGAGCCUAAAAGAGUUGAAAAUAUUCCACCCCGAUAAUCUGGAACAACUCUAUGUGGCCAAUACCAACCUCACCAGACUCGACUUCCUGUCCAAGGCCAGUAAAUUAGUUGACCUGGAUGUGACCGGCAUUGAAAACCUGUCAGACUUACCUAAAAUCUCAUCAGCCAAGGGGUUGGAACGAUUGAGCUUCACUUACGACAACCUGACCUCGGAUCACAUGGACAUGUUACCUCGCUUGAAGGAUCUCAACUACUUGGAGAUAACCCACGACAAAGCUAGGGAGAUCUUUAUAAAAGAUUUGGAUGAAGAUUUCUUUGUCGAAGAAGCGGAACUUAAUUGUGAACAGCUGGCGGAUCUGUUGGAGUUUGUCGAGCUUCCAAAAGACACUACCAUCUUGGAGGAUCGCUUAGUUGGAGAUCCCCGAGCGCCAUUGAGAUGUGGAGCCGCAUAGAAUUUAG